AUGCUUAUUGUGGGAUUAACAGGAGGAAUUGCCUCAGGUAAAUCAACUGUUGUCAAUUAUCUUAAAGAUGAAUACAAGUUAACUAUAGUGGAUGCUGAUUUGAUUGCAAGAGAAGUAGUCCAACCUGGUAAAAGAGCCUAUCAUCAAAUUGUGGCAGCAUUUCAAGAGGUGGUACCAAACUUAUUAAAUGAAGAGGAUAAAACUUUAAAUAGAGCUGCUUUAGGUAGUGCUGUGUUUGGAAACAAGGAACGAUUAUCCAUACUUAACUCAAUCGUUCAUCCAGCUGUUAAAAUAGAGAUUGCCUGGCAAAUAUUCAGAGCUUAUAUUGGGUUAAAAAGCUUGGUGAUUCUUGAUGUGCCACUCUUAUUUGAAACUAAACUAGAUAAGAUUUGUGGGUUAACCAUAACCAUUACUUGUCCUAGAGAUAUACAGCUUGAAAGAUUGAUAUCCAGAAACAAAGAAUUAUCAAAAGAAGAUGCUGAAAAGCGUAUUGCUAGUCAAUUGUCAAAUGAAGAAAGAAAUUUCAGAGCUGAUUUAGUGAUAGAUAACAGUGGCGAUCUUAAACAAUUGCAUUCAUCAGUUGCUUCAGUAGUAGAUGAAAUAAAGCCAAAAUUCAUUUUCACUGUCUUAGAAUAUUUUCCUCCAUUUGCUAUUAUAUCGGCGGUAUAUACCUUUGUCAUAAGGAGUCUUAGAGAUAGGUUUAAAGCCCAAAGAAAGCCUACGAAAUCUGAUUAG